AUGGAAAUCGAGCUGCAGCGGCGAAGCGAGGCUGAAGCAGCGUCAAUAAAGCAGAUCAACGAACUGCACGAGCGUCAGACAACCCUCGAGAAUCAGUUAUCAUAUAUCUCCACUGAGAGGGACGCUGCGCUCGAGACCAAGGCGACCCUCCAAGGAGAAGUAGAUCAAGCUCGCAAAACCAUUAGCGAUUUGGAACAACGGCUAUCUCAGGCUGCCUCAGAAAUGGCGUCCCUCAACCGGCAACUACAAACCGCUCAAAAUGAGCUUCGGAGCACUCGUAGACGA